GUGUACAGCUUAUAAUACACUAUACAGUAUGUGUUGUCGCGCGCGCGCUGACUAACUGACUGCACGCGUGCACUACAAUUGACUAAUAAUUAAAAAAAAAAUCGCGAAUUUUUUUUCCCGAAUAUUCUUUACGUAAAAUUCGAUUUCGAUAUUUCGAGAAUCGAACAGUCAUUCAGUCCGUCAUUCUGUCUGUCGUUUGAAUUCUGUUUUCGAAUUCUCGAAAUUCUUCUGUUGUCUGAAAAGACUACCACUUCUUCCGUAUUCCGUCUGUCAGUCAGUCUAUCUAUCUGUCUGUCUGUCAGUCAGUUGUUUCCCUCACAACACAACACAUAUCUUAACUGUGUUUUGUCUGUCUGUUGUCUGUGUCACCAGUGAACUGAUCCCAAGCCGUGUGACUAAUACAAGUGCUAUACGAAUGAUAAUCGUUAGCCGUUUAAGACAUCUGUCGUCGCCGUCGUCGUCAUCGUCAGCGGCAGUAGCGCUGACCGCCCGAAGUAGACUACGGCAACUGCUGCUGAUCGCCGCCACUGGACAUCGUAGACACUGGUCGUCGUCGUCAUCGCGAACCGCUUUUAUUGGUCGUUACCGGCGACCACCGAUAUCAUCGUCGUCGGCGACCAACGCCUGGACAGCCAUAUCGUUGGCCGCAUGUGUUAGCUGUGCUUUAGGUGGCUAUCAUUACUCCCGUCGAUGGUUAUCAUCUAUACGUCCGGUUCAUUGUUUACUUAUCGAUGACUGGAACGGUAGUAUUGGUGGCCGCGGCGGCGGCGGUGGUGGUGUUGGCGGUGGCCGACGCCCGAACACACCAAAAGAGCAGAAACUGUUGGACGCAGUCAAACGCGGUGACUACGAAUUGGUCAGACAAAUGAUUGCCGACAAAUCCAUUGCCGAUAUCAACAACUGUCGCCAUCAGUUAGGUUGGACACCAUUACAAUUGGCCGCUAUUAACGGCUGGACAGACAUAUGCGAAGCACUACUGGACGCCGGAGCCGAUAUCGACGACACCGACGACUACUCACCGGCCAGUGGCGGCCAGAAGCUAACCUAUCAGUACGGACUCGACUUUAUGCGUAUAGCGAUGUCACGCGAAUCGGAAUUUUCGGAUUUUUUGUCCACACGGGUGUCGUUUCGCGGUACAACUGCCCUACACUAUGCCGUAUUGGCCAACUCGAUGCCGACCGUCCAGCUGUUGAUCAAACGCUCGGCCAAUCCGCUGAUGGACAACGAAAUCGGACACAAACCUAUCGACUACUGUAAACAAGACAAUCAACGUAUGCGUCGGCUGUUAGCCGAUUACGAGACCAACUUUACGGACGUCCAGAAACAGCGACAACUCGAGGAACGAUUGAAAUUUCCGCUCGAAGAUCGUAUCAAAGAGGUUAUUGUUGGCCAACAGUCGGCCAUUACUACGGUAGCGGCGGCCAUACGACGCAAAGAGAACGGCUGGUACGAUGACGAACAUCCGCUCGUAUUCCUGUUUCUCGGUUCGUCGGGUAUCGGCAAAACCGAACUGGCCAAACAAGUGGCCCGCUAUUUGCAUUCGGGAAAAUCGGAGAAAAAAGGUUUCAUACGACUAGAUAUGACCGAAUAUCAGGAGAAGCACGAAGUGGCCAAAUUUAUCGGUGCACCGCCCGGCUAUAUCGGUCACGACGACGGCGGACAGUUGACCAAAGCCCUGAAAGAGUGUCCCAAUGCUGUCGUACUGUUCGAUGAGGUAGAGAAGGCCCACAACGAUGUCCUAACCAUACUAUUGCAACUGUUCGAUGAGGGCCGUAUGACCGACGGCAAAGGCCAUACCAUCGAAUGCAAAGAUGCCAUCUUCAUAAUGACCAGCAAUUUGGCCAGCGAUGUAAUCGGUGCCUACGGUCAACAGUUACGCAAAGUUGGCGACAACGUUGCCAAAGCCCGCCGGGAAGGUAGCGACCAAUUGGACGACUUGUCCGACACCGAUGUCGACGACGUUCAGAUAUCCAAAGAUUUCAAAGAACAAGUCAUUCGGCCGAUACUGAAGAAACACUUCAAACGGGACGAGUUUUUGGGCCGAAUCAACGAAAUGGUCUAUUUUUUGUCGUUUUCGCGAUCGGAACUCACCGAACUGGUCACUCGUGAGCUGCAGGCCUGGGCUCUGAAAGCCCAGACCCGACACCAAAUUGAACUCACAUGGGAUAAGCGUGUGGUCGGUAUGAUUGCCGACGAAUACAAUUGCCAUUACGGGGCCCGUAGUAUCAAACACGAAAUGGACAGACGUAUCAUCAAUAAGAUUGCUUUCGCUCACGAGUCACAGCUGAUCCAACCGGGAGUUAAUCUGCAUAUCAGUGUCGACGAGGAUUGGGUGGACAAGUCGUUGGACAGCCAACUAAACCAAUCGCCGCCGCCAGCAAAUCCAGAUAUGGCUGUCGGCGGUGGUGUCGGUGAUGGCGGUGCUGGCCAACAACAACAAGACCCGACAGCACCGGGCGCUGGUGCCGAACAACCGGCCACUUCGCUAGUAUUGGAGCGCAAAAUUAAGCUACAAUUGAGAGACAAGAAUAGCCCGAAAAAUGAUGUCUACAUUGAUCUGCCAAUCAAUGAACGGCUGUCCAAACUGUCGGACGUAUCUAAGCAAUAAUCGUCCGGUCGGUCAGUCAGCCAGUCGGGUGUGCGGCCGAUGAGUGACUGUUUGUUAAUUCACUCAUCAAAU